CGCCGCCGCUCCCCGCCGCCGCCGCCGCCGCGCUGCAGGACUGGCUAUGGCCACCACUACUUCCGGGUUCCGUCACUUCAUUCUCCCGCCGAUCAGCGCCGCAAAACUGAGCCUCUUCUAUAAGGCAGCCGGCAGCCAACCUGCCAACACUUACUGACACUCACUCAUCCCAGGGAGUGAGGGAGAGAGGGAGACAAAAUACCUGCCGGGAGGAAAAAAAAAAAAAAAGGAGAGAGGGGGAAGUCCGGGCUUUGCAAACUAUUCAAUUUUUCUUCGCAUCUUUCCCCACCCCCCUUCACAGUACUUUGAAAAAAGCAAAACAAAACCAAAACCAACAACCCUAUAAGCGAUCCUAAAAGGCAAAACCCGAGCACGGAGUUACUGGAAGAAGAAACCGGGGUUAAAAAGAUUCCUCCUCUCUUCUUCAUCAUCAUCAACCAUCAUUCAUUCACUACCUUGACAUUCCCUGGCUUUGAUUGACAGCUGGAGUGGCAAAAAGCCAUGAGACACGACAGUUUGGUUACAUGUGGGUUGCUGACGGGCCGAUCGUAACCUUCAGUUUGGGGGCUUGACAAUUUUUUUUUUUUUUUUUUUUUUUUUUUUUUGCGUAGAGAAAGAAAAAAGGAAAAAGAGAGACAGAAAAAGGAAAGAGAAAGAGACAGAAAAAAAGAAGAAAACACAGAAACUCAUCGUGGUUCUUGACUGUUUUUUAUAUAUUGUUGUUGUUAUUGUUGUUGUUAUUAUUAUUAUUUACCCAUAUUGGAGAAUAGGAGAAGUCUAUAAGUAGGUUGCAAAAAAAAAAAAAAAAGGAAUCUUCUUCACUCUAAAUCACUUUCUUUGCUGGACUGGGAUAUUAAAUAUACGACACAUCCAGGAGUUUAUUGGAGCGCAGACUGAUGGCGCAAAGGUACGAUGAGCUGCCCCACUACGGCGGGAUGGACGGAGUAGGGGUGCCGGCGUCCAUGUACGGGGACCCCCACGCCCCCCGGCCGAUCCCCCCGGUGCACCACCUCAACCAUGGGCCGCCGCUCCACGCCGGACAGCACUACGGCGCCCACGCCCCGCACCCCAAUGUCAUGCCGGCCAGCAUGGGCUCCGCUGUCAACGACGCUCUGAAGCGGGACAAGGAUGCGAUCUACGGGCACCCGUUGUUCCCCCUCUUAGCUCUGGUCUUUGAGAAGUGCGAGCUGGCGACCUGCACGCCCCGGGAGCCCGGUGUGGCCGGCGGGGACGUCUGCUCCUCCGACUCCUUCAACGAGGACAUCGCCGUCUUCGCUAAACAGGUCCGCGCCGAAAAACCACUUUUUUCUUCAAAUCCAGAGUUGGACAAUUUGAUGAUCCAAGCAAUACAAGUACUAAGGUUUCAUCUUUUGGAAUUAGAAAAGGUUCAUGAAUUGUGUGAUAAUUUCUGCCAUCGGUACAUUAGUUGUUUGAAAGGAAAAAUGCCAAUAGACCUCGUUAUUGAUGAAAGGGAUGGCAGCUCCAAAUCAGACCAUGAAGAACUCUCAGGAUCUUCCACAAAUUUAGCCGAUCAUAAUCCUUCAUCUUGGAGAGACCACGAUGAUGCAACCUCAACGCACUCGGCAGGCACACCAGGGCCCUCCAGCGGGGGCCACGCUUCCCAGAGUGGAGACAACAGCAGCGAGCAAGGUGAUGGUUUAGACAACAGUGUAGCCUCACCUGGUACAGGAGAUGAUGAUGACCCAGACAAGGACAAAAAGCGUCAGAAGAAAAGAGGCAUUUUCCCCAAAGUAGCAACAAAUAUCAUGAGAGCGUGGCUUUUCCAGCAUCUCACACAUCCAUAUCCUUCAGAGGAGCAGAAGAAACAGUUAGCCCAAGACACGGGACUUACAAUUCUACAAGUAAACAACUGGUUUAUUAAUGCCAGAAGAAGAAUAGUACAGCCUAUGAUUGACCAGUCAAAUCGAGCAGGUUUUCUUCUUGAUCCUUCAGUGAGCCAAGGAGCAGCAUAUAGUCCAGAGGGUCAGCCGAUGGGAAGCUUUGUGUUGGAUGGUCAGCAGCACAUGGGAAUCCGGCCUGCAGGACCUAUGAGUGGAAUGGGCAUGAAUAUGGGCAUGGAUGGGCAAUGGCACUACAUGUAACCUUCAUCUUGUAAACCAGUCGCAAACCAAGGGGGAAGUUUGCAAGGCAUGCCAGGGGACUACGUAUCUCAGGGUGGUCCUAUGGGUAUGAGUAUGGCACAGCCAAGUUACACUCCUUCCCAGAUGACCCCACACGCAACUCAAUUAAGACAUGGACCCCCAAUCCAUUCAUAUUUGCCAAGUCACCCCCACCACCCAGCCAUGAUGAUGCACGGAGGACCCCCUAUCCACCCUGGAAUGACUAUGUCAGCACAGAGCCCCACAAUGUUAAAUUCUGUAGACCCCAGUGUUGGUGGACAGGUUAUGGACAUUCAUGCCCAAUAGUAUAAGGGAACUCAAGGGAAAAACAAAACAAAAACAAACAGAAACUAUUUUAAGACUUUUGAACUUUGACCAGAUGUUGACACUUAAUACGAAAUUCCAGACAGCUGUGAUUAUUUUUUACUUUUUGUCAUUUUUCAUCAACAACAGAGGACCAAUGAAACAAGAACGCAAAUGUGAAAUCAUGGGCUCACUGAAAUGAAUAUGUCCAUGUACAGAUCCUCUGGAAAAAAAAAAGACUCCAAGAGUUAUAACUACUGUAGUAUAAACAUAGGAACUAAGUUAACUUGUACAUUUCUGUUGAUCACUCCGUUACGUUGCCUCAAAUAGUUUUAGAAGAAAAAAAAAAUCCUUGUUUUCCACACUAUGUGUGUUGUUCCCAAAAGAAUGACUGUUUUGGUUCAGCAGUGAAGUCACUAUCCAUGAAAGACCUGUUUUGGCCAGUGAGAAAAGAACUACCCUGGAGAUGAAGAUGAAAAGUCUUGCUGGGUCUCUCAUCACUCAGAAGACUGUUCCAAGAAGGCCUUGCCAUUCCCUCAUUUCGUUCCUUCAUAAAAUGUGUCCUUUAGUUUCAAACAGAUCUUUAUAGUUUGUGCUUCAUUAAGUCUCUCCCCAUUCCUCCCAAUCUUUUUUUUUUUUUGGACUCUUCUUCAAAGAGCUUGCAGGUGAAGAUUUAAAAGACAGAACAGACAGAGCAGAAGCUUCUUCCAGUAGUUCUGAGCCUUGGCUUUGGACAAAACAAAACUAAAAGUUGGGCAGCUUUCCUCAAUGAAAGAAGUUACUAACGGUCUUUGCACCAAACCUAGGACUUUAUCAUGAACUCAAAGCUUGGGAAAAAAAAAAGCAAGAGAAUACUGUAACAAACUUCGUACAGAGUUCGGUCUAUUAAUUGUUUCAUGUUAGAUAUUCUAUGUGUUUACCUCAAUUGAAAAAAAAAAAAAGAAUGUUUUUGCUAGUAUCAGAUCUGCUGUGGAAUUGGUAUUGUAUGUCCAUGAAUUCUUCCUUUCUCAGCACGUGUUCCUCACUAGAAGAAAAUGCUGUUACCUUUAAGCUUUGUCAAAAUUUACAUUAAAAUACUUGUAUGAGGACUGUGACGUUAUGUUUUAAAAAGAAAAAAAAAGGUGUUAAGUCACAAAAUGCGGUAAUAAAUAUUUCAUUUUUGAUUUUU